AUGGCUGGCGCAACGACCACACCAGCCCUUGGCAGACACUGGACUGUUCUGGCCAUGGUCUGUAGUAUGAUGUGGGCUAUAUAUUUCAUCUAUAGUCUUCCCGCAUCGCUAUCCGUUCCCCUGUCCGCCCACCUCGCUCUUGCAGAGUCCCAAUAUGCCUACCUGAUAUCGGCUUUGUAUACUACUUAUGCGGUCCCAAACACCGUCCUCCCGGCUUUCUCUGGGCCCUUAGUGCAGCGCUGCGGAUCCAAAGCAGUUCUUCUCACGACCGCUACUAGUGUGGCAAUGGGCCAACUGCUCUUUGCCUUGGCCGUUCAGGUCCGUUCUCAGCUGUGGAUGAUACUUGGGCGUGUUUUUAUCGGACUGGGCGCCGAGGUGAUUGGCGUGCUAGGGAGCGAAAUUAUUGCACGAUGGUUCAAGUACGGUUCCCUCAUGACUAUUCCCGUUUAA